UUAAGCUGCUUACGCUUCGCCACUCUGCCAUGGGUCCCUGUACGGCCUCCCAUUGCUGCUGACUUCAUCGCCAGACUCUGCCAUGUGCCACUUUCAGGUCUCCUUACACUGUUGGUGGGUUUCCAUUUUGUCAUAGGGUGCUUGGCUGCAUCCACCGCCCGCCCACUGCUGCUGCCAGGCCCUCGUAAUCUGUCAUGGGCCCUGUACCGCCUCCUCAUGCUGCUGCCAGUCCAGAGUGUGUCAAUGGGUUGUCCCUGUACGGCCUCCCAUUGCUGCUGUCUCCAUCGCCACACUCUGCCAUGUGCCACUUUCAGGUCUCUUCACACUGCUGGUGGGUUCCAUUUUGUC